AUGAGCAAUAAAAUUUUAGCAACAAAUAUUUAAAAUAAAGGAAAAAUUCCUCUGCUUUUAAAUAAUUAACCACAUUUAUAGAUACCAAAUGAAUAAGUUAAAUAAAAUUAUGAUAUAUCCAUAAAUAAUUUUUAGGAUGAAACCACGCCAAAUAAUAAGCUGCAAAUUUAGAAUUUACCUUUUCAUCCUUAAGAUUAGAUGAUUUGUUUUCCUAGCGGUCAAGAAAUUGUGAAUCCUGAAGUGCUAUAUUGCAAAUAAAAAAUUAGGGGCUUGAAUUCAGAGAUAAAAAUACAAAUUUAAUAUUUGUUUAUUUUAUUGCAAAUAUUGAUCGCUUAAUUACCCUUAAGAUUUACUUUUAUUCAAUUGAUUUGUAAAUCAAAUAUUUAUUCUUCUUAGUUUUGUGAAAAUAAAAUAUUGAAGCCAUUGAUUGCUGAAAAUGUACAUAUAAGUGAGCAAGUAAUUAGAGGAAGUUAUGUUGCAUAUUGUGGCAAAGAGCUGAGUUUAAAUAUAAAAUUUUAAUCAAUAAUUUCUAUUAUUAAUCUAUUAGUGACACUAAUCUUCUUAAUAACUGCUAAUUUGGUGAUAUUUAAUAUUAAAUACUCUCAAAGCAAUGCUAUUAUAUAUCUCAAUGCCAUUUACAUUAGUUAAACUAUUUUCUAUUUAAUUAUCAUAGCUUUAUUUUUAGUAGGUACUUUUAAAUGUAAUCCAAAAUUUGUAUAUGCUGCUUACUUUAUUGGUAUUCUCAGUUUAUCAUUAGCAGCUCUUUAAUUAUGCUUCAGUUUUAUAUUUAGCAACGAUUCAACAGGUGCAUAAAUUUACAACGCAGUAUCAAGUUUAGCAUCCACUCUUUUGAUAUAUUUAAGUACGCGCGCGAUAAAAGCUGUAUAUACUGACUUAGUAAAACUACUAGUUCUACUUUCUCAAAUUGACUAAAAAUAAUUAUAAAAUUGUGUUUGA